CAAAUGAGUACACGAACGAAAAGUUUCGAUAUUCCCACCUUCAGAGCCCCGAAGCCUUGCAACACCACCCGCCUCUUUCGCGAUCGUAGCGCCGAACCUCUCUCCUUCUCUCGCGGCAGCGUGAAUAUCUCGUCCCGAAUUUUUGUCAAUAUGGCGGACGCUCCCAACGAUGCGGCUGUUGCUGCGCCUUUCCAGGCCGUUCAAGUCGAGGCUCUGGUUAUCAUGAAGAUUGCCAAGCACUGCUCUUCGGCUUUCCCUUCUGUUGCGACUGGAGCUAUUGUUGGUAUGGAGAACGAGGGUCUCCUCGAGGUCACCAACACAUUCCCUUUCCCUACCGUCGACCCCGCUACGACCGACAGCCACCAGAACGAUGCUUCGCAGAUCGCCGCUGCUGCUCCCCGACAGAAGAACAACAUCCACUACCAAAAUGAGAUGAUCCGACACCUCAAGGAGGUCAACGUCGACGCCAACAACGUUGGUUGGUACACAAGUGCCACCAUGGGCAACUUUGUCAACUUGAACUUCAUCGAGAACCAGUUCCACUACCAAAGCGCCAACGAGAACACUGUCGCCCUCGUCCACGAUGCUAGCAAGAGCUCUCAGGGCAACCUGACCUUCCGGGCUUUCCGCCUGUCCCCUGCUUUCAUGAGCGCCUACAAGGAGGGCAAGUUCACAACCGAGAGCUUGCAAAAGUCUAAGCUCACCUUCAAGGAUAUCCUCACAGAGGUUCCUGUCAACGUCCACAACUCUCACCUCCUCACAACCUUCCUCCACCAGAUUCCUUCCGCCCCCGUGAAGGGCGAUAUUGAGCAGCCCUCAUCGCUGGAUGACCUCAACCGCAGCGCUCUCGAGCCUCCUCUGUACCCCUCUAUCGACAAUCUCGACCUUGCGAUCGACCCCUUCCUCGAGAAGACCUGCGAUCUUCUGCUCGAGAGCAUCGAGUCUCACUACACUGACCUCAACAACUUCCAAUUCUACCAGCGACAACUCGGUCGUGAACAGACCAAGAUCACACAAUGGCAGACCAAGCGCAAGGCCGAGAACGCCCAACGUGCUGCUGCCAAGCAGGCUCCUCUUCCUGAGGAUGAGUGGCAGCGACUGUUCAAGCUUCCCCAGGAGCCCAGCAGACUGGAGGGUAUGCUGAACGCGAAGCAGGUGGAGCAAUACAGCAAGCAGGUGGAUGGAUUCACAGCCAACGUCAGUGCCAAGAUGUUUGCCGUGCGGGAGAACUUGAUGCCAAAAUAGAUGGAGGGCGGGCGAGACGGGGAUUUCAAAAAGUCUCGAGGGAUUUCAGGAAUACGAGACGCUCAGUGAUGGUUUGCAUUGGCGGCGUUCCGGACAAUGUCGAAUAAUAUCGAGUGCUGGUCUAGAUUUUAAAGCGCUGAAAGAGAGAGAGAGAGAAAGAAAGAGAGGAGCACUUGAUGAGCACAUGAUGGGCCAGCCUGACGUUGAUGUGUUGAUGUUGAUGUUGAAGAGUCACGAAGAGACGGACACGACUGUAGUGCCUUGGUCAUAAAAAGCUGGCUUCGUAGAUAGCGCCUGCAAACAAGUUCUCAUAAUCUGAGAGCAUUGAAACAAUUUUACGUUUAGAAGUUCAUUGGUACUGUCCCUUUGUUGCUUUGUCUUUCAGUGAACUCGGCAUAUAAUCUCGGGAUUUG